AUGGAUGAAUUAAAAGAAAUUAUAUAUGAAUUGAAAAAACUAAAAAAAAAUUUAAGAAAUAAAGUUGUAAAUAUAAAUUACUAUGAAUUUAUAAAUAAUAAUUAUUAUAUUGAAAAAAAAAUUAUUUAUAAUUUAUAUCAAAUAAUAAAGAGCUAUUAUUAUUUACUAACUUUUUUUAGUAAAACAAAAAAGAAAAAGAAAAAAGAAAAAGAAAAAAAAAGAAAUUAUAAAGACAAGUAUAACAAAAAAAAAAAUGAUAUAAAUGAAGAAACUAUUUUAAAAAAAUUACAAAAAAAAAAAAUAUUACAAAAUAGAUAUACAAAAAAAAUAAAAGAUUUUCUUAAAACAAAUAAAUCAAUUAAUAUAUUCAAGGAUUAUAUAGAAAAAAAUUUUUUAAUAAAAAAUUAUAACAGUAAUAAUAAUAAAAAAAAAAAUAGAAUAAUAAUAAACAUAGAAACAAAUAUUUAUUUUAAUAAUUUCGUUACACACAUAAUAAAUUUUCUAUAUUUGAUUUUGCAAAAUAACAUUAAUCACGAAAAUUUCAAAAAUAUUUAUUCAUCAAAUGAAUUAAGAAUUAAUGUUCAUAAAUUUGAUGAGAAUUCGGACUGUUCUUAUAAUAUAAAUAAUGAAGAAUCAAUUCAAAGUAAUGAAUUUGUAAAUAUAAUAAACAUAAAAAAUAAAAAAAUAGAAGAUAUUAAUACUACAUUUAAUGAGGAAAACUCAAAGGAAAAUAAUAAAUUAUUAAAAGAUUAUAUUUUUUGUGAAGAAAAUAUUUUAAAAAAAGAUAACUUGAAAAUAGGAAAUACCUUCAAUGAAGAAAACAUAUCUGAUGGUUCAAAUAUAACAGAACAUUUGGAUAAAAAAAAAGAAAAAGAAGAUGAUCAUAUGAAAAAUGAAAACUAUUUUUUUUUUCAUUUAUAUAAAAAAAAUAUGUACCUUAUAAAUAAAGAUAUAGAAUCUUAUUAUUGUUAUAAUUCUUUUAUUAUCAGAAAUAUUGACUCAAAUUUAUUAUACAUAAUUGAUAAUGAUAUGAAUCUGUUGAAAAUAUUGUUUUAUUUUGACGUAGUAAAUCUUUUUGUUAUUUAUUUAUAUAUGAAAACAUGUAAAAAUGAAGAAAUGCGUAAAUACAUAUCUAUUUUAUUAAUUAUAACUAUAAAAUUUAAAAAAACUUUUAAAUUAUCUUCUAAUACUUUAAUUGAAAAUAAAAAUAUUCCUAUCCUUUUUUAUAUUUUUUCAAACAUUUUGAAGAAAAAUAUAUUUAAAAUAAAUAAUAGAAAUAAUGAAAACAAUUUAACAAUUACUAUUAAUAAUAAUACAUCAAAUAAUUCCUUAUAUAAAUUAAAUUCAAAUAAAAAAAAUAAUUUAUAUUUUUUAAUAAAUUUAAAUGAACUUUAUAUCACUAAAACUACAAAUGAUAUAAAAAAUAUGAAUGGAAUAAAAAAAAAAAAAAAUACUUUUUUAUUUUCUUACAAAAAUAGUGAAUAUUAUACUAGUAAAGAAUCACUAAUUUUAGUAAAUAAUCAUAAUAAUAUUAUUAAAAAAAAAAAAAUAAACAAAAUAAAUAUAAAUGAUAUAAUAAAAGAUAAGAUCGAAAAAAAUGACUAUUAUUAUUCUUUUAUUAAAGAUGAAAAUGAAAUCGAUUCAGUAAAUCUUACUUUAAGUAUCAAUAAUACGAAAAAUGAAAAUAUACUUUUUCAUAAAAGUUACAUAACAGAGCAUAUUUAUAAUCUUUUUUUAAAUAAAUAUAAUUUAAAGCUUGAAAAAAAUAUUAUUUCAAAUCAAUUAAAAAAAGAAGAAAAUAACAUAUCCUUAUUUGAUAACUACAAAAAGAUAUUUCAUAAUUUUUUUUUUUAUUAA